AGAGAGAGUGAGUGAGUGAGUUGGAGGGAGGGGGGUUAACUGUUGAGAGAAGAAGGAAGGUGAGAGAGUGUGUGCUGUUUUUGUGCCUUUGGCAGGAACAGUAGUCGGUGGAGGGAGAUUACAUUUGUGCGUGUGUGUGCGUGUGUGUGUGCCAUGCUUCAGCAGUAAUGGAUUCCCAAUACCGGGCUGCACUUGACAUCUCCACCCGGAACCCCGAGGACGACUUCGAGAUCCUGCUGCGGGUCGGUGGAGGCACCUAUGGAGAGGUUUACAAGGCACGGAGCAAGCAGAACGAUGAACUGGCGGCCAUUAAGGUCAUCAAGAUGGAGCCGGAGGAUGACUUCUCAACCAUACAACAGGAGAUAGUCAUUGUGAAGAGCUGCAAACAUCGCAACAUUGUGGCCUAUUAUGGCAGCUAUAUACGGGCCAACAAACUGUGGAUCUGUAUGGAGUUCUGUGGAGGAGGUUCUCUCCAGGACGUUUACCAUGUGACCGGGCCUCUGUCGGAGCUUCAGAUUGCAUAUGUCUGCAGGGAGAUGUUGCAGGGCCUGGAUUACCUACAUGGCCAGAAGAAGAUUCACAGAGACAUUAAGGGGGCCAACAUUCUCCUGAACGACCAAGGAGAGGUGAAACUAGCGGACUUUGGGAUUUCGGCUCAGAUCACGGCUACGCUGGCGCGGCGGAUGUCCUUCAUAGGAACUCCUUACUGGAUGGCCCCAGAGGUGGCGGCAGUGGAGAUCAAGGGGGGCUACAACGAGCUGUGUGACGUGUGGUCCGUGGGGAUCACGGCCAUUGAGCUGGCCGAGCUGCAGCCGCCCUUGUUCGACGUACACCCGCUACGGGUGCUGUUCCUUAUGUCUAAAAGUGGCUACCAGCCUCCUAAACUAAAGGAAAAGGCCAAAUGGUCCUCCAUGUUUUAUAACUUUGUCAAGGCGAUGCUCAUCAGGAACCCUAAGAAGAGACCUAGUGCAGCGAAGAUGCUCACACACCUGUUUCUGACACAACCCAGUCUGAAGCAGGAUCUAAUCCUGGAUCUGCUGGAGAAGCUGCGACAUCCUGAGAAACUGAAGCCCUGCCUGCCAGCUGAGGAGGAUGAUGGGGAGAUCACUGUGGUGGGAUCCAGUUCAUUGAGAAGGAUUCACUCCAUUAACAGACACAACCAGGCUGAGAGAACUAACUCUGACAUCAGCUUGGAGCAGAUCUACACCAGGAGGCCCUUGAAGACAGAAUCAGCAGAUGCAAUGCUACGAUCUACAGUGAAGAGUAGGACACUGGGAUCCACUGGCAGUGACAAGAGCCCCAUCAGAGACCAAUCCCUGGACUCCGAUGAUGACUACGAUGAUAUUGACAUCCCUACUAUCCAGGCCAGAAGCAGCACCGUUCCGUUAGAUGACAUCCCUCCCCCGCUCCCUCCCAAGCCCAAGGCUCGGACAAGCUCUGAGGAGAGCGUGACAGGGGACGACGAACGUAGCCGGCAAUCAUGCUCCCUCCACGCCCCCUCACCCCUCCUCCGCACUUGUAGUGGAACCCAGACGCGCCCCGUCCCACGUCCUCGCUCCCAGCGGAACGUCAAGUCGGACCCUGUUUCCAUAACAGACAGCUUAGAGAACCUCCAACCUCCUGAGCUUCCCCCCAAGAUAGAGAGGAGGAGAAGACAACUUCUUCAGGAUGCACCCGAAUGUCCCAGCCCAGUUCUAAAGAAACCUCCAGUGUACUUUAAGAAAGUGUUCCAUGGCUGUCCACUGAAAGUCAGUUGUUCAACAAUGUGGGACCAUCCAACAACCAAAGACCACCACCUAAUCCUGGGAGCAGACGAGGGCAUCUACACCCUGAACCUGAACAGCUCAGAGGCCACUAUGGAGCUGCUGUAUCCAGGGAAGUGCACCUGGGUCUACACCAUAAGUAAUGUCCUAAUGUCAGUAUCAGGUAAGUCAUCCCAGCUCUACUGUCACCUCCUGAAGGAGUUGUAUGACCAGGCCCGAAAGGACCAACGAAUGGUGGCCUUGCCAACCCACAGACUGUUGCCUAGGAAGUUUGCGGUCUCGUCUAAAAUACCAGACACCAAAGGCUGCAAGUCCUGCUCAGUGGCCAGUAACGUGCAGCGGGGCUGUGUGUUCCUGUGUUGCGCCCUGGAGGCCAGUGUUGUGCUUCUGCAGUGGUACGAGCCCAUGCACAAGUUCAUGCUGAUCAAGAACUUUGACUUCCCGCUGCCCAGUCCCCUGCGUGUGUUUGAGAUGAUGGUGGCCCCGCAGCAAGAGUAUCCCCUGGUGUGCAUCCGGGUGACCAGGGGCCCCGGUUCGGAGCAGCCCGUUCAACUGGACAACAUCAACCUGAACUCCAACACCUCCUGGUUCACUAACACUGGCUUAGAGAGCCGCUGUCUUGACAGGGUGCAACUGAACCAGCUGGAUUCUAACACGGUUCUGGUCCUCAUUGACAAUUCAGUAAACAUAGUGAGCCUGGACGGAACGCCAACGAGCCACAGGAUGUUACAAGCUCAGACCACUUUCAGUUUUGAUGUGGAGGCGGUAGUGUAUUUCGACAACAGUCUGAUGGCUUUGUGGCGUCACGGCUGGCAGAGGCGAGGAGAGGGCUCAGAAAUACUGCAGGAGUACACAGACCUGAAGAAGAUCUAUCGUCUAGUGGGAACAGACCGGAUGGUUGUCUUGGAGACACGGCCGAGUGAUGACCAUUCAGGCCUCUGUAACCUGUAUAUCCUGGAGAUUGCUGAGAACUACGUCCAAGUACCAUGAGAAGCCUAGCACACGGCACCAAGCUCAAAGUAGCACCCACAAUCACUUCAAGAACCUGCCAUGGCACUGUGUCCAUGACCAACAAUACUGCCUUGCUGCUGGGCUGAAGGAGCAAAGACUGAAUGUAUCCCUCACCAACUGAGAGCCGAGGGAGUGCUUCCACUGCUAGCUCACGCAGUCAGAGACGUCCGCGUAUACCUGGACAAACGUGUGUAUUCAUUCCUCCACAGAGGCCUAUUUAUCCGGUUAAGGAACUACAGUUCUGGCCUUCUUUGUUCAUCCCUGCUGAGCCACAUAUAGGAUUCCCAUCAUAAUGUAUUCUAAUAAAAGGGGACAUUUACUAAAUAAA